ACUCAACUUGACUAAUAGACUUAUUUUACUCGUAUUGAAUUGCAUUAAACAUAUUCCAAUUUUUAUAUUUAUAAAAUGUUUGAAAAAUUAAAAACUUAAUCUGCAUGUUUCCUGAUCUGUUUUGAGGUCACUGAGUGUCAAAUAUAUUUUUAUUCACUUAUUUAUGCAGGUUAUGAUUUUUGGGUUUUAUUCAAAUGCAUCUGUUAUGCUGCCCAAUUUUCUAAAAUAUAAAGGGAAUGCGUUUAUUUCUUUUCAUGUUUACUUGCAUUUGGUUAUGCCGAUGAGAGCCAUAGUGAUCUUGAUUUGUGCAUGUUGUUUCACGACCUAGUCUCUGUGUCAUCAUAGGUAGAUCAGGUGUCUACUCACCUGUAGGUAUAAAGACAUAGCAUCUAUAUACAAGAAGUGCUCUAAGCCUCCCCCUUGUGGUGGUUAUCAGGUCCAACUGCCCGAUUUAAGAUGUUGGUUUUUCUAUGGUGGGUAACGGGAACUAGGGAUUUAUUGGACGGUGUGAUGUGCACUUGUAGCUAUGCUCUUAUGAUUAUUUGUGGUUUCUCUCUAUUUUGGUUUAUACAUCAUGAUAUAUGUUUUGUUUUCAAAGCCAACUAAGCAAGAGUUUUAUUAAACUUUUGGGUCCUAUAUUAUUAGUUGUUUUCCUACCGGGCUUUAUAAGCUCACCCCCUAUGUGUCUCCCAUUCUAGGAGCCUAGUGACGCGAAUGAGGAUAAGGUGAAUUAUUGAUUGAGCAAAUGUGUUUAGCCUAGUUCUAUUUAGUGUCAUUAUUUUAUCUUUUGAACAUUAUAUAUGUAUAUUUGAUUUGGAACCGGUAUAUCUGAAUUAGUUAUGUAAUUGUUAGGAAUAAGAAAUGGUGGAUGCUAAGUAUUAUUUUAGGUGUUUAUGACUUAUUAAAUUUAAUUAUUUUGUGACUACAUAACUGUGGGGAUAUUAUUGUUCUCUGUAUAAUGAUAAAUGAUCACGCUUUUAACAUUAAUAUUUUUAUAUAUAGUUAUAGAAGCUAUUUCAUUAUUUUGAUUUAUAAUUAUAAUACUAUUUAAUAUAAACUAAAUGAUCGUUUAUAAAGACUAUUUUACACCAAGGGUCAAAGUUUGACCUUUGACCAGCCAAGUUAUGGAUAUUACAAAUCUGUCAUGGCAUAGGGCUUGGGUCGUGGCAUUAUAUGUAUGCAUGCAAUGAACAUUAUUACAAUAACAUAUAAAUUUAUUAUGCAAUGGCUUCUUCUUCUGUUGCUUCUCAUGAGCCCUUUGACAACUAGUGAUUCUCAGAAAACAAACAUCCAUAGUGAGCGCAUUUGCAUGGAUCGCAAGCUAUUCCAAGCUGCAACUGAUGGUGAAACUGAAGUCUUUAGGGAAAAGGUCAGUGAACUCCAACUAUUAUUGACCCCAGAAAGAAAUACAGUGCUCCAUGUCCAUAUCAUCACUACUUCAAGAGCCACUAAUCAAACAACCUUCGUGGAAGGGAUCCUGGACUUGUGUCCAACAUUGUUGAUGCAAACUAAUGCAAGAGAAGAGACUCCCUUACUCAUGGCAGCAAGGUACGGCCAACACCGGAUUGUUGAUUUUCUAAUUGAACGUGCAAAAUUGUCCCAACCACAGGACCAUGAAGAGGGCAUCUCUGGUGUCCAAACAAUGAUAAGGAUGAAGAAUGAGGAAGAGGACACUGCGUUGCAUGAGGCUGCGCGAUUCGGGCAUCUUGAGGUUGUGCAGAUAUUGACGAGAGAAGACCCUGAUUUCUCGUAUUCGACUAAUAAAGCAAGCGAGACUCCACUCUACAUUGUCGUCCAGUGCCAACACCAAGAUUUGGUUAAUGUAAUACUAAGUAAUUGUUCGUCACUAGCUACCGGUGGCCCUAAGGGCAGAACUGCACUGCAUGCAGCUUCUACAAAUAUAGGAAUAACAAAAAUGCUUUUGGACAAAGUAGAUUAUCUGACAAAACAAGCAGAUGAUGGUGGUUGUAUUCCACUGCACUAUGUUGCUUUCUUCGGCUCAUCAAAUGUGGUGGAGAUGACAAAAAUGUUGCUAGAAAAUAAUGAAAGUAGUGCAUACAUCAAAAAUAAGAAAGGCAUGACAGCGCUUCACAUUGCAGCUUACAAUGAGUGUUAUGGUGAUAAGAUAAUGAAGGAAAUUCUGACAAGUUGUCCAGAUAGCUACGAACAAGUUGACAAUGAAGGCAGAAACGUUCUACACCAUGCUGUGUCGACUACAUAUCUCUCCAACGUAAACUUCAUCUUAGAACACGCAUCAUCAUUAAUUUUAAAUAGAAAAGAUAAGGAAGGAAAUACCCCAUUGCUUCAUAUGGCUGCCACUUCCUCAUGGAAUCUGCCCGUUCUAAAAGCUUUGUUGUCUCAUCCCAAAGUGAAUAGGAUGUCACUCAACAAACAAAACAACAAUAUUCGAGAUGAGUAUAUGAUUCAAUUCAAACAAUAUGAGGUAAGAAUGCUGGAUCUCUUCAAUAAAUACUUCAUAGAGCCUUCUGUGGGAAUACAUAUCCUAGAACUCGAACUCAAUCGCAAGAACAUUAAUUAUAUGCAGAAGGAAAUCAUUACAAAAAUUAAAGAAUCUAGUCUAGUUACUUCUACAUUGAUUGCGACAGUGACAUUUGCAGCUGGAUUUACGAUGCCAGGAGGUUACAUAAGCGACGAGGUUGGACAUCGACAACAAGGGAGUGCUGUACUGAGGAACAACACAGCAUUUCAGGCCUUCAUCAUAACAAACACAAUGGCCAUGUUGCUCUCUGCUACAUCUGUUUUUUUGAACAUCUUUCUUAAUAUAUCAUUUGUAGAAGGAGUAAAUGAUCACAGGAAGUGGAAUUACUAUAAGUUUUGCAUGAGCUUAACCAUCUAUGCCCUGGCCUUAAUGAUGAUAGCAUUUGUCACUGGUACAUACGCAGUGUUGUCACUUUCUGCUCCCCUUGCCAUCACCACUUGUUUUAUUGGAUUGCUUUUCUUCGUUAUCACAUUCUACAUAAUAAUGCAUGAAUAAGAGAGUGUAUAAUUUAGGAAUAAUUUUCAUAUAUAUACUCGUUAAACUUGUAGUCAUAACUUGUGCAAGUGAUAAAUAUAUAAGAGUAAACUCAAAAUUUUAAAUUUAUUAUUAAUAAAUUUAUUUUAAUUAUUUGAA